GACGGACCGCCGCUCCUCUCCUUCUUCUCCGCCAUGGGCCCGCGGAGCCGCGAGCGUCGGGCGGGGGCAGUACAAAGCACUAACGACAGCAGCGCCCUUAGCAAGAGUUCCCUGGCCGCGCGCGGGUACGUGCACGACCCCUUUGCCGCGUUGCUCGUUCCGGGGACCGCGCGCCGCGCGCCGCUCAUCCACCGCGGGUACUACGUCCGCGCACGCGCCGUGGGGCACUGCGUGCGCGCCUUCCUGGAACGGACGUGCGCGGUCCCAGGCGUUACUCGCGCCCAGAUCUUAUCGCUGGGAGCUGGUUCAGAUUCGCUGUAUUUUCGCCUGAAAACUGCGGGCCACCUGGCCGGGACUGCAGUCUGGGAAGUAGAUUUUCCGGACGUGGCCCGGCGCAAAGCGGAGAGGAUUCUAGAUACGCCGGAACUGUGCGCCCUAACCGGGCCUUUCCAGAGCAGGGACCCCACGUCAGCGCUCUGCUUUGAGAGUGUGGACUACCGCCUCCUAGGCCUGGACCUGAGGCAGCUCGCGCGAUUGGACGAGGCCCUGGCCGCCGCCGGCCUUAACGCGGCCGCACCCACUCUGCUUCUAGCUGAGGCCGUGCUGACCUACCUUGAGCCGAAUGAUGCCGCGGCCCUCAUCGCCUGGGCAGCGCGGCGUUUUCCUGAUGCCCUUUUCGUGAUCUAUGAGCAGAUGAGGCCGCAUGACGCCUUUGGCCAGGUCAUGCAGCAGCAUUUUCAGCAGCUCAAUUCUCCCCUGCAUGGCCUAGACCGCUUUCCUGACGUGGAGGCCCAGCAGAACCGCUUCCUUCAGGCUGGCUGGACUGCCUGCUGUGCCGUGAACAUGAAUGAAUUCUAUCGCUGCUUUCUUUCAUCGGAAGAAUGCCAGCGCGUGGAGAAUCUUGAACCUUUUGAUGAGUUUGAGGAGUGGCAUUUGAAGUGCGCCCACUAUUUCAUUCUGGCUGCUUCUAGAGGAGCCACUCUCUCCCAAACUCUGGUGUUUCCACCCUCAGAGGCGUUUCCUCGAAUAGAUCCUGCUUCUCCAUCAGGCAUCUUCCCUGCCUGUGUAGUCACUAGUGACAGCAAGGGCCCAGACCUUAAGAGAUACGGGCAUGCCUCUGUCCUUUUGAGCCCAAGCGUCAUUCUUAGUGCAGGAGGAUUUGGAGAGCAAGAGGGGCGGCAUUGCCGAGUGAGCAAGUUUCACUUGCUUUCAAGAUAUUGUGACUUUGAAUGGAAAGGCAACCAAACAUGCAGUUGUGGGACUGGAGCCCAGUGGGAUGGGCGCCUUUAUCACACCAUGACAAGACUUUCAGAUACUGAGGUUUUGGUUCUGGGAGGGAGACUGUCCCCAGUAACUCCAGCCUUGGGGAUUCUCCAACUGGGUGUCUCUAAGAGUGAGGAUAAUAGCACUGAGUAUCUAAAUGUAACAGUAACAAAGGCCGGCCCAGAAGAUUCCAUGUUAUCACGUUGGCGGCAUUCAACAACAGAAGUGUCCUAUGAGAAUCAGAAAUAUUUGUUUGUGUAUGGGGGUCGAAGUGUGGUAGAACCUGUACUAAGUGACUGGCAUUUCCUACAUAUGGGGACAAUGGCUUGGGUCAGUAUCCCAGUGAAGGGGGAAGCACCUGAAGGUCGGCAUUCACACAGCGCCUGUAGCUGGCAAGGGGGAGCCCUUAUUGCUGGAGGUCUGGGUGCUUCUGAGGAGCCACUGAGCUCUGUACUCUUUCUAAAACCAAUCUCUUGUGGAUUCCUCUGGGAAUCAAUAGUCAUCCAGCCUCCCAUUACUCCAAGGUAUUCCCACACAGCUCAUGUGCUCCAUGGGAAGCUUCUACUGGUUGGAGGGGUCUGGAUUCAUUCUUCCUCAGUUCCUGGAGUGACUGUUAUUGAUUUGACUACAGGAUUGAGCUCGGAGUAUCAGAUUGAUACAACAUGUGUGCCAAGGCCAUUAAUGUUACACAAUCAUACCAGCAUCCUCCUUCCUGAAGAGCAGCAGCUCCUGCUCCUUGGAGGUGGUGGGAACUGCUUUUCCUUUGGCACCUACUUCAACCCACAUACAGUGACAUUAGACCUUUCUUCCUUAAGUGCUGGACAGUAGGACUGAACUUUUGAUAUAUUGAGGACCCACUAACGUAGACAAUAAAGGUUUCCACAAAUAGGAUUUGACUGUGGCUAUAGACAUUACCACUCCUUCCUUCCCCCUCUUUUUCUUAUUAGCACUACUGUCCAGUGCAGAAAGUGAAAGGUUUCCCCAUUUAUUGAGUUACAAUGACCUUUAGCCUAAGUCAAGUGAAAAAUUUCCCACUCUCAGGCUUUGAAAAAGUUGAACACAGAUCCUUGGUAAGAAUACAAGGUUGAUAAUUCUGGUUUCUCUUUGGAGUACCUAAAUCUUUUGCUUUUUACUAAAGAUUUCCUUGGAGAUGAACAGUAAUGAGUUUUUUGCCGAUUUUUGAGGCCUUGUUUUUAUGAGGCUACCUUUAAAAAAGAAGAAUAUAAGGUUGAAUAUAGCUGAAGAGACAUGGCUUGACCUCAUUCUUCAUAAAUGAAAUUUGAAAUAAACCCAGUUACAUUAUCAGAUAUGGACAUGAAUAAACCCUGGGAAACAAAAGUUAGGUAUUGGCAAGGCUAUGGGUGGGCCAGAUACUAAAUAACUGGGAGGAAUAUGAAGGCAGAAAGGCUGCUCUGUAUUUCUUGUUUCUAAAUUCACCACAGACUACCUCCAACUUGCAGGAAGGAUCAAAGCAGAACGUUGAUGAGAUGAGUGUUCUCAGCUAUGUAGUAGUUCUAGAAUUCUAACAAAUGACUUAAAAGCCCAGGUUAUACCUUUCAUUACGCUACCUCUCAGAUGGUGCCAUCAACCAUUAUUAUUUCAUUAGUUUUGGUGGGGGGGGGGGGGGAAAACGCAGGGGGGGCAGAUUGUCAAAAGAAUGGUGAUGUGUGCCAGACCUUAAUUAGUAGUGCAGUGGUGCCUCUUGUCUUGAGUACUGCCCAGUAUUGUGCAUUAUGAGUAAUUGGGCUUGUUCUCUCCAGAGAAAUUACCCACGUUUUCUGUAAGUGAUUACCAGAUUAAGCAUGCCCUCCACCUUUUACUCUAUACAUGCAUCAUUCUCAGUUAAGGAAUUACUCGCUUCUCAAGCUCUACUCAUUAGCACACUUAGAAGUUUUGUCAGUAGCAUUUACACCGUGCCCCUGGAGCAGCACUCAGUAUGGACUAGUGCUGGAUCCCAGUUUCAUAACAGUAAUUAGAGAUGUGGGCCAGAUUGAGAACUGAAGUUGGACAAUGGUUUUCUCUUCUCCAACUCACCUGAAUAUUUUUGUUCUAAAAUUCUGGUAUGGAACCUGGUGUAGUUAGGAGAGUUAAUGGAAGGCUCUUACCUCAUUUAGUGAUUGUACUUCUUUCUAGACCAGAAAAACUAGGUAAGGAGGGAAGAGAAUUUCUUCUGAAUCUCUACUCUAUCAGGGUUUCAAAAACAAUGUAUCAUACCAUUGAGGAUAUGAAAACAAAGUUAAGAACGACUCUUCUAGGAUACAUUCUUCAAAGGCCAAUGCUGUCACUUCUUUGUGUGCUUUCUAGAUUUUACCACCAACUGUCCAUUUUUUAUCUUUCUGCAAAUUUAAUUCUCCUUAGUGAUGUUAGGAAGUUGACACGUAACAAUAAUGUUCUAGUGCCCAAGCAUUGUUUGGUCUUCUAUUUCUGUGAUCUCAGACCUUGAAGUCCUGGUUUAUGCUCUAUGCAUUUGUAAUCCCAAACCCAACCUGGAACAACCCAUGCCUACUCUGGGACCCAUCCCACAUGACAUCUUUUGGAAAACACUCUCAUAUGGCAGCCCCAAAUGUAGCCAACUACUCUUUUCCUGUGAGAAAGAAGCCUGUGCUCUUUGGAUAAUGUGGCGAAUAAGAGAAGAACUAGUCACUAAGGUGAGUUCUUAAUCAUAGGGACCAUCCAAUAAUGUCUAGUGUGAUAGUAAAACUAAACUCAGCUUUUUCACUGCAGUAAUAAAGGGGAUGUAAAAUAGCAUUAGGCUGGCAAGGAAGGUCAUGAGUCCUGGCUAAUCACGUUUGGACUUGAUGUUUAAAGAGAGAAAAAAAUAUGUAGAGCAAAAUUAUGAAACUUAGCCUCAGAGUAGACUGAGAUUUCCUUGGAUGUCACUAAUUAUGUAAACAAAAGAUUUCUGUUAUUCCACAGUUUAAAGACUGUUCCCUUACCUUUCUUGGUCAAUGACAUAAAGCACUUGGUUGGGAAGGGGCAGUUCCUUGACAAAGGGAAGGAACUGGGUCUGUCUAGUUCACUUCACUAUCCCCAACAGUAGAUGCUUAAUAAGUACUUGUUGGGUGGAGGUCCAAUUUGACACUCAGAUAAAUUAUAUUUGAAUAUUGCUGUUGUACAUACCAUGCACAAACGGAUGUCAAAAUUCGUUUAAUUAGUGUGUGGGGGGAGUAUUAAAAUUUUAAAGACCUCCUAUUUAAGAGUUUUUAAAAUUCAACUGCUUAACCUGGGUAAAGGUGGUAGGGUCCUGGUGUUACUCCUAGUUUUAUAGAUUAUACCCAAACCUUCUCCCUGAUUGCAAUUUCCAGCUGAUCUUCAUGCCCUUUUGCUCAACAAUGGGCCAUGGUUACCCCAUAUCCUUUGCAAAUGAAGUGAGCUAACUUUGCCACAUCUGAGGAUGUAGGAACAUGCAAUUAAAUGUGCUCAUAAACACAUACAUACAGGAUCUUACUAGGAUGUGGUGAUACUUCGCUGGGCAUGACUUGGUGUGUAACUCUCAAAGUUUAAUACGGGGAGAGGAAAAACCUUGCCCUAAUAUUUAUGCAAAAAGUCACUUGUCACAUAAAUGGCAGUCUAAAGCAAGAAAAUAAAUGGUAAAUUUGGUAUAUUA